CCUUCUCGGCGUCUGUUUCACGGAAGCCAACGAGGUCACAUCAUGUCAUGGACUCCAUUGUGUCAAUCGCUCGAGUGGAGCCGGAGCCCAUGAUGAAUGGACCGCAAUGAUGAUGGGGACUGGGGAUUGCUUAGACAUGCUUUCAAAUCGAAUAAAUUCUUAUCCCUUUUUAUAGGACAGACUCGCUUCUGUUGUGUUGUGGUCAUCAAGGUGUUCACACCCUUGUUUUCAGCUGUCUGUUGAGCCUCACUUCACUCCUCCUCCUCCUGAACAAAUGCCUAAUCCGCGGCCCCGCAGCCGACCUCUUAUGAUCGUUCCUGUUCUUGUUGCCGCCCUGGCGAUCCUCCUGGCUUCCUCUUCAACCGCUCGCGGCCUAUUCUCCCGGGUCCGAAGCGAAACAUUCAACAAGUUUACCACAGCUUUGAACAACGCCCCCAUCACCACCACCACCUCUACUUCUACCUCGCCGCUCCAGGCCGCCGCCACAGCGAACUUGACCUCUUCCAAAAUGGGCAGACCCCCUGUGUACUUUUUCUCUCACGGAGGACCCGACGUCCAAUACAACACCAAACACCCCGUCUACCCCGUCCUCCAAGCCAUCGGCAAGGAAAUCAUCCAAAAAGUCAAGCCCAAGGCCGUCGUCGUUUUCUCCGCGCACUGGCAAGCCACCCCCUCCGAGAUCCACCUCAACAACGCCGAUGGCAAGACCGACCUAAUCUACGAUUUCUACGGUUUUCCCGACCACUUCUACAAGGCGACUUUCCCUGCUACCGGAUCCCCCCAACUAGCCGCCAAGAUCCAGCAGCUCCUUACCAAGGCAGACAUCCAGUCCAAGGGUCUCAAGCGCGGGCUCGACCACGGCGUCUUCUCGGGCUUCAACGUCGCUUUUCCACCCAACACCGACCAGGCCAUCACCGUUCCCUUGGUGCAAGUCUCGCUGUUCAAGUCGGAAGAUCCGGACGCCCACUAUCGUCUGGGGCAGGCGGUCGAGGAGCUCCGCGAUGAGGGCGUGGUGAUUAUUUGUACCGGCAUGACGGUGCAUAACCUGCGGGACAUGCAGUUUACUUGGGGCGAUCCCAGGCCGCUUCCCUAUGCCGUCAGCUUCGAUAAUGCGCUGAAGGAGGCGGUGGAGGGCGAUGCGGAGGGCAGGCUGGAUCGGAUGAGGGAGGUGGUUAAAAGGGGGGAUGCGAGACAGGCGCACCCGUGGAUGGAUCACUUGAUGCCCAUCUAUGUGGCAGCGGGCGCGGCGGGGAAGGAUAAGGGUGUGCAGACGUGGACACUGCAUGAGGGGAGCUUUGCUUGGGCGCAGUAUCGGUUUGGGGAUGUGCCUGAGGAGUAAAGGGGGAUUUGAGUGGAGAGCGACAUCCUGGGAUCGGAAAGGCGUUGUCUUGGAUAGAAGAGAGAGUAAUGUCCAUGACAUAGUCCCAAAUAAAAGUAUUUCAAUAACAUUGACAUUAAUAAA